AACGCAUCUAAUACAAGUUAUUUAAGAUGUUAGCUACCUCACUCUCUUAAGAGUAGUGGUGGAAGUUUGAUGGCAACUUCAUCACCAGAAUCUAUGCCAGAAAGGGUCUUCGAGUUCCGUGCCCCGCCGCCCUCCCCCAUCGCUUCUGGCCGGCGAUCAAGUGUCACCAAUGAUGAGUUUCUCUCUGAAUUCCUAGAGCGCUCACUCAGAGUGCCUGACUUGGUUUUGCCUGAUAAGAUCUUCCCCAAGCAGAAAAUUGUCGAGACGCCACCAAGAAUUGAUCUUUCGUCACUCAAUUCCGCGAAAGAUGUUGGUUCAAUUAAUUCCAAGAUUAUUCUGGAUUCUAUUGCCAGAAUUGGGUGUUUUCAACUAGUGAAUCACGGGAUUUCAGGGGGGAAAAUCAGUUCAACAUUAGGCUUGGCUGCCGAAAUUUUUGGGGUGCCACCGGAGAAGAAGGCGGCGGUCACAAGGGUGCCGGAGAAGUUGUUCGGGUUCGAAGAAGUUCACAGUGGAGAGGAGUGUGGAUUGAGUGAAGAAUUUGUAUGGUGCAAUGACGAAAGUUUGAAAUUAGACAUGGAGGGAAUAUGGCCUGCUGGGUAUUCAAAAUUCAGCGAAAAAAUGAAGAGUCUUUCAUCCGAUAUGGAAAACUUCGCGGAAAAAAUUUUGCAGGUUAUCUGGGGAAAAAACCUCAACAAACAAGUCUAUCAGAAUGAAUUGCUGCAAAGGCAAGAGUUCACUGGGACAAUCUGUCAUCUUUACAAGCAUAACUGUAACAUUUCGGCUGACCAGCGCGCGACCUCGCUGAGAUACGAUGUGAUCAGAACACUAAUUAGAGGGAUUGAACACUCUCAUGCCCUGUGUCUCCAUAUCUGCAAUGGAUCCUCAGAGUUCCAUGUUUAUUCCAAAAAGGAUUGGAUCACUUUCUUACCAGAUAAAGAUUCUAUAAUAGUCACUGUUGGAGAUCAAAUACAGACAGUGAGUGGUGGACAGUACAAGCAUGUGAUAGGAAGGCCAUUGUUCAAAGAUGAGGAAGAGGACUGCAUUUCAAUGGCUUUUCUUUAUUCCCCAACUGUCACAAACAAUUACAGUUGCAGAUCAACAGAAGAGGGAAAGACUAUAUCAGUUGCCAAGCAAGCCAUUGCUGCAAUAAUUUUCACUCUCAUAUACCAGUUUUUAGUGUAUAUAUACAAGAAUUUGUGAUUCUUUACUGUUUAAAACGACAGACUGAGCUGUUUAAUAGGUCUGUAAUGUGGCACUUUCAGUACGUGAGUAUAGGCCCAAGAAAACGAUAAUGGGCCUGGUUAUUGGGCUCAUGCUUUUUGUUUUGAUAAGAAUUGGGCCUCAUGAUUCAUCCUUA